GUUGGAACCCUGUUCGAAUAAAACACUGGAAGAAUAACGCACUCAAAGUGCACAUUUUCGGUAAUACCAAUCCGUGUGGUCAAUUAUGAUUUUCAAAUAACUCAACGUACAUAUGUACAGAUUCGCUAGACAAGUGCUUUACCAACUAAGCUACCGAGCCAAUUAAUGACCCGGUAACUUAGUUGUUAUAAGGUUCAAUUCUAAUCUCAUCGAUCUAUAUCAUCUUCCCCUAAACCGCAAAUAUUUUAUUGUUACAUUAACAUCAUGUUGAAUACAUUUUUGGACGACAAGAGUAAUGUAGAAAGUUAUAAAUAUUUGUAAUAUGCCAAAUUUAAACUUUGAAUAAUGAGUAUUGAUGAUACGGGGCCCGUAGAAUGUGUCAAUAAAUAGAGAGACAAAAUAAUUGGUUCAUGUUUUUCUUCAUUUCUUAGAUUCUUCUGCCUUUGCAUUAUUUGGGUACGACCAGGCGGAGACCUUAUUCAUUGCUUCUCUUCACUGAUAACAGAGCAGAAGAAACAUACUAUACAUCAUAAAAAUAUCUUCGCCGUCAAUCGUUUUUAUCAUGGAAUCCUUAAGCCCGCAAUUGUCAUCGAACAAGGAAUACAACGUCAUUCUGUUUGGCGAAACCGGCUCAGGCAAAUCAACUUUGAUAAACUAUCUGACAAAUUAUUUCCAUAACGGUACACUCGAGAAUUUGAAAAUUGCCAUUCCUACGAAGCAUUAUGAGGCAACCGAGGGUCUACAGCACUACGAGGACAACGUUCAGGAUUCUUCACUUGGUAAAACUAGAGCCUGUACUGUAUAUAAUUUCAAAAAAGAGGACAAGACAUUCAACUUUAUAGACACCCCAGGGGUCAGUGAUACCAAAGGGGCGGCUCAGGAUGACUUCAAUAUUCAGCAAAUUAUGGGAGCUGCAGAGCAAAGUGGAAUGUUGACUGCAAUUAUCCUCGUUAUAAAUGGAACGCAGACCCGAGCCACAGUAACAUUACGCAACACGUUCAGUCUGUUGAGAAGCUCAAUCCCAGAUGUCUUUCAGCAGAAUCUCGUUGUUGUUCUAACAAAUUGUUCUCCUGCUUCCGUCAACUUCGAUCUGGCGCAUUUGGAACCUUGGAAUUUUGCUGACACGAACGUUUUCCACAUGAACAACUCUGCCCUCAGUAAACCAGUAUCACAAUGGAUAAACAACAAGCGUGCAAAGAGAGCAACGGAACUGGAAUGGGAAUGCUCAAUGGAAACUAUCGAAGAAUUGAACCAGCACUUAACGAAGCUUGGUGGCAAAGACACCGAGACUUUUAAACAAAUGCGUAUGAACAAAGACUUCAUAAAAUUGCAGCUAUAUGGCAUUUUAUUGGAGGAGAAGAAAGUCCAAGAUCUUCAAAACGAACUAGAUUAUAUGAAAAUCACACAGCAAAAUGUAUCCGCCGACAUUGAAAAAUAUUCCAACUACACGCAAUCAAAGGAAGUGAAAUAUACGGUAUUGGAACCAUGUAAAGUUUUCUGGAAAUUCUGCAUUGUAUGCUUGACGCCAUGCCAAGCCCUGUCCUCAUCGUACAAAUCAAUACCAAUUGUUAGAGACGUAUCCAAUCUAGCAGAAUAUAUCUUCCAUGGGAAAUGUCACUGCAACCAUACACCUUUCAGCCAUUACGAUAGCAAAGUUCAGUCAGUCACGAAAACAGAAACCGUCGAAGUAAUUGUUAAAGAUGUGAAACUCAUCUAUGAUGACAGCGUGAGCAAAAAUAAGGUAAUACAGUCUAAAAUUGGCAGCCUGGACACCGAUAUCGCUGUGCUGAGACAUGUUCGCGGUGAAAAAGAAGCUGAAAUACUGAAAUGUUUCCAUGAGCUCAGGAAGUUCUGCUCGCAGUUUAACUUUGUGCACGAGUUCCAGGGCAUCAUGGACGACAUGGAGAGAGAUUCCCGUACGCUUACUUCCCCCGCGGCAAGGACCGACGUUGAGAACAGAAUUAGAAGCAUCAAACAGUUGGUUGAUACGCUGUCAAAGGCUGAGAAGAGUGAUUAGACCGCAAAGAAUGAAGUGUCUAUUUUCGUUCCAUUUUUUAAUUAUUAUUAUUAGAUUUCAUUAAAAACUUAUUACCAGAUGAGUUGGAAUUUGCGUCCAACUGAUGUUGUUAAAAUACGAUUAUGAUAAUAACAGAACGAUUAUUUAUGGAUCAAAGGGUUUGACGGCCAGAGAGAGAAAGAGAGAAUCACACGAUAGGUAUUUCUACUUCUACACUGAAAAGCGGCUUGCAGUAAUGACAAGCAUAACAAUGUUUUUAAAUUUACCAUGGCAAAACAUGAUCAUCGACCCACCAACGCUUCUUGUGUGCGUUUUGUUUCUUCUCACAUCAACUGGUUCGAUAGCCGAGUGGUAGCAUGCGAGCCUGGUGAUGUCAAGGUUCUUGGUUCGAAUCCGGUUGCCAAAAGAAACUUUUUUUUAUUGAAAAUCGAGUCCAUGGUAAAAUUGAAAACAUAAUUCUGUUGAAUUGAAACAAAAAUCAGUCUGCACAAAUUUAGUGGCGUUGUGUAUUUAAAUUGACCCUCAAAAUAGUAAUUUUCACCGCAAGCCGCCGUUCAGUGUAAUGAACUUCUGCACGAAUCAAUGCUGCUCUCACAGAAAUUUUUGUUGUUUGAGCGGUGCCGCUCCGCUUAAACGUCAAAUUUGCUGUGAGAGAAAACAGGCCAACAUAAAUUCGUGCCGAAGUUCAUAGUGGUAAUCACGUUCAAAUGUAUGCUUGUCUCUUUUGUAGAUGUAGUUGUAGAACUUGGAGGAAAAUAUGUGCGUGCACUCUCACCCCGGUUGUUAGUUCAUUAUUUGGCCAUUUUACCUAAAUCAAUUGGAUAAUAUUUGCAUAUGCAAUCUGAAUAGCCUUUUGUUCGUUUGUUGCAACGUCACUUAUCCUUAUAGUACAGUGUGUAUUUUAAAUUUAAGUGAAUAAAUUUGAAAUUUUUUGUA